UAGCUGUUAGCGCAGAAAACUAUAGUUUGUUAAAAUUCAAAAUCAGUUCCCGCAAGAGUUUUUAACAGCAGACGGAGCAUUACUUUGAACAGUCCGAUCAAUACCUGCAUCUCAAUGGCGACGCCGCGUCACACCAGAGGAUCAACGCCGCUCUCAUCCUCUUCACAUUCAGGCGCAGCUGGAGUUUGUGUGAUGAGUAAUACAUGGAGAGAUGAACAACAUCCAUCGUUCAUCGAUUUUAUCUCAUCCUUUCUCAGCUCAAAUUCCUUCAGAUUAAACUCUGCGCCAAUAGCUCCCGAUUUUAUCUUCAAUUGUGGGGGGUUGUCAGUAGCAUUUAUAUUUGUAACUGACUGGAGGAACAACAACAUUACAACUGUCAUAAGCAGAGUUCAAAAACUGAAGGCGCAAUUUGCAAAUAUCUAUGUGGUGGUUGUGCUCCCAACACAGGAGCAAAAUGACUCAUUCAUCUGUUCUUAUUUUAAAUAUAACAUGGAGCUUGGCAGGCCAACAUUCAUUCCUGUACAGGAUUUAGAAAUGGGAUUUGAAAAGAUUGUGAAGUUAGCACAUGCUCGUGGUGUGUGUAAGAGGCAGAAUGUUAUCUCCAAGUUGAAGGCUGAUAGGGAGAGGUCGGUGCAAGGAAUGGAAAUUUUCCUUAAAGUGGUGACGUCCAUUCCCACUGUUCAAAACCAUGAUGCAAAUUCGCUUUUUCAAGCCAUUGGUUCAGUAGAAGCAAUUGCAAAAUCAUCAAAGGAAUCCAUAAUGGGAAAUACAGAUCUUUCGGCAGAGAAGGCAGAGACAAUUGAACGGUUUUUCAGAGAUCCAAAGUUUUAUCUCUGCCCUAAAAUCAGUUAAAGAUGUUAAGGUCCAUUAGCUAGUCCAUGUGAUUAUUUUUUCUUCUAGCCAUACUGUGACAAUGUAAUUAGCGGGCCUCCAAAGCACAACCUGAUAUGAUGAUACGAUUUCCAGUUGAAUUCUUGCUUUCGAAUGCGACUUGGUCAAUUCUUGUUGGCUAAAUUGAUCGCA